GCCGGGGCCGGGGCCGGGGCCGGGGCCGGGGCCGGGGCCGGGGCCGGGGCCGGGGCCGGGGCCGGGGCCGGGGCCGGGGCCGGGGCUGAUGGCGGCCGCCGACCCGCCGGGAGCCGUGGAUCUGCCGCAGCUGGUGGAAAAUCUUCUCUGCCGGCUGCAGGAGAAUUUUCAGGCGCUGACGGAAAAGCUAACGCUGAGAAUGGAAGAAAUGGGCGAGCGCAUCAACGACCUUGAGAAGCGUGUUGCUGACCUGAUGACAGAGGCUGGGGUAGAAAACAGCAAUGAAGAGUUGGGAGUAAAGACAUUUACUUAAGUUUUUCUGUGUUUUAUACAUUUCCACUUAAUUUUGAGUGAUGGGCAAGUAAUGGUGUUCACAUAUUUAGUAUACCUAGAUUUUCUUGGAUUUGAAAGUGUACUUUUAAAAAAUAUAUUUAAUAUACCUUGGAUUUUUUUUUUGCCAAGAGCCAAAGAAUGCGACCACUUUUACAAAAGAAAAACUGCAUCUUGCUGCCUCUGUUCCAGCUAAGUGCCAUAUACAAGGGGGUAGUGCUAACUCACCCCAAGUGUGUAAACUGAGGGUGUCUAUUCAUAGUGAAAUGUGUGUGAAGUGCUCCUGCUCACCAUUCGUGUCCCUCAGGUAUACUAACCUAGCUGAGGAUUCUUGCUGGUAUAAAUUUAUGUACCCCUGCUUUUAAACCUGCUACAGCUUCCCAGUGUGGCUUGGAGCCCACCUCUCACAUGCACUCACCCCAAGCACAGCAGUAAAUUAUAGUCAAUCACUUUAUAAUAUAAAAUCAUGGUACAUUUCAGGAUUGUGGUCUGGAUUUUAUAUCCAUCUGUUGCAAAUGCCAGCCCGCUCCUUGAUCAAUGCCUGACUGUGUGUUCUAAGUAUUUAUGAGGCAGCACUGCUUCCAUGUUCUGUGGAUGCCAAGUGAUGUUGUCUUCCUGUUGCUGUACACUUUCCUGAUUCAAACUGAGACACAUCAAUUAUUCUUGUCAUUGGAAGUUCUUAGCCCCUGAAAGAUUGUUGGACUGUCUCUAAAUAUUCUGAAGUAAUUUAGGUAUCUAUUCAUUCUGAUGUCUUUUGCACAAGGUACACAGUAAUUUUCAGAAAUGCAGAAAGACAACCCACAAAGAUGUAUUUUAAGUGUACAGAGAUCUUCCUAUCUCUAUGCUGAAUCAUAUUCAUGAAUAAAUCACUAACCUACUUAUUCACUGUAUC